UUUUUAACAAGUGAUUAAAAAGAAGCAGAGAGCGAGUGGAAAAGGCGGAGGCGGGGGAAGAGGAAAGUAGAAAGGCGCUGGGCCGGGAGCGGACGCUAUUGCACGGAGCAGGCCGAGCAUUUCCAGCUCAUUAGAAACUUUCAGCGGCAAAGCGCACAAUGGAGUGAGUUCCAUGGUAACUAGUCGGGUUUCCUGCGAUGUUUCUUCGUUUCCUUCGGCCAAUCAGUGCCCGCAGCUAGGGCUGGUGCGGGGCUGAAAGGGUGCUCCUGUUGUCCCCUACGCAGCUUGGCUCCCUCACUUCGCUACAAUGACAGAGGCUGCGACAGCGGACCAGACCGCUCUGGAGGAAGUUCCCAGUCGGGUUUUGGCCUCUAUGAAAAGAAAGGCCUGGGCCAAGAGUAGAGAUUCCUGGCAGGCAUCGGAGUGCGAGGAUGUUGCAACGGAAGCGAGCAAAGCUACACAGGAGGAGGGGACAGGGCAUAUACCAAAUGAAAAGAUAGCAAUAUGGCUGAAGGACUGUAGAACACCGCUGGGAGCGUCUUUGGAUGAGCAGAACAAUCCUGUUAGCUCACAGAAAGGCAUGCUUUUAAAGAAUGGUGGAAGCUUUGAAGAUGAUUUGUCCCUUGGAGCAGAAGCUAAUCACCUCCUUCAAAGGAACCUGUCGAUGGAUACCCCUUUUGCAUUGCUGGCUAAGGACCGCAGGCUCCAGUUUCACCAGAAAGGGAGAAGCAUGAACUCCACCGGUUCUGGGAAAAGCAGCACCACUGUAUCAAGUGUUUCAGAGUUACUAGAUUUAUACGAAGAAGACCCAGAAGAAAUUCUUUACAAUCUUGGCUUUGGUAAAGAUGAACCAGACAUAGCUUCCAAAAUACCAUCAAGGUUUUUCAACAAUUGUUCUCUUGCCCAUGGGAUAGAUAUCAAGCUGUUUUUGAAUGCUCAGAUGCAACGUUUAGAAGUGGAAAACCCCAACUUUGCAUUAACAAGUCGUUUUCGCCAGAUUAAAGUCCUUACUGAAGUGGCAAAUGCAUUUUCUUCUUUAUACUCUCAAGUUAGUGGAACUCCACUUCAAAGAAUAGGCAGUUCCAAAGCUCUGAUACCUGAUAAAGAUCAAGAACCUACCAAGCCAGCACCUCUGGUAAGGUCCUCAAGCAGGCUAAUGGAAACCAUAUCCAAGCUUAAUUUGUAUGGUAAUCGGGUAACUUCAGAUUGCAACUCUUCUGUCUCUGAUGAUGACAAACGUCAAACUUCAAACAACAACCAAGAAGGUUCUGUUAAAAUAGAUCAAAAAUUACAGAAACUUUUUAAAAAGAAUUCUCCACCUCUGGCUACAGUUAGCGAAGAGGCUUCAAACUCGGGCAUAGUCUUGGACUUAAAUCCCAUUGAUCCCGCUUCCUUUAGUGCUGAUAACUUGGAUGAAGCAUUGGCUGAGCCUUGCACUGAAAAACCAGAAGACAGUUCAGUUAGCCAAAAUGAAUGUGACAUUUCAGGCAUUGCAGACUCAUCAGCUGCUAAAAAUACAGAUGUUAUCACAGAUCAGGAGUCAGAAAGCUACAUAACAGAGGAAAACCCUAACACAUCUACACCAGAAAAGGAGUUGUAUGCACCUAACAAAGCAAUAAUGAACCUGAUCAGCCAGCCGAAGGACUCGUUUGAGCUUGAAGAGUUGCAGGGCUCCGAAGACGAGCCUCCACUCAACCCUCCGACGUGCCACGCCAUAGAAAAGUUGGGAAAAGAUAACCUGCUGAGGACUGCCAGCCAGCAUUCUGAUAGUAGCGGCUUUGCUGAAGACACAUCUGCAGACUGUCUUUUAGCCAGUCUUGCCCAAGGCCAGGAAUCAUUGCAAGCCAUGGGAAGCAGCGCUGACAGCUGUGACAGUGAAACAACUGUAACGUCGGUGGGAGAGGACCUUAGAACACCAUUAGCAACUGAGCAGCCAGGGUCCACUGACUUUGACCUAGAGGAUCAGUUCUUAACUCCAAGUUUUAUGGUGGAAAGCAAAGCAUUUUUCAGUGACCAUCAGGAAAGUAGGGCAGAAAGCUUAAACAUGGACUCGGAACAAAUUAAUCCAUCAGAGGAAUGCAAGUCCCAUGAGGACCUACACUCUGCCAUGGAGUGUAUUGCUGAAGAAUCUGACUUGCCUCAGGACUAUAUAGCUGAAAGUGAAAUUGACACUGGUAGUGAGUAUGAAACCGUUCCCUAUACCACCCAUCAUAUAUCUGAGCUGGUGGAUUCUUAUUCAGACUACGAAUAUAAUCUUUGCCGUUCAGAAAAAAAUAGUUCCUGUUCUCUGGACCGUGUACAUGUAGCAUUGCAGAGAGCGCAAAUGAAAGUUCUCAGUUCCUCAGGGGAGGCCAGUUCUAGGACCGGUCGCAGCAUGAUCACGUCAAAGGACCUGAUAAAAAAGAGAGAGAAUUUCUCCAACUCCGGCUACCCACUAAGGAGGACACAGUCAUUGCCUUCUGCCCUGCUUAAUCCAGUCAGAGUUGUAUCCAAGGUAAAUAUUGUUUUAACAUCUGGCAAAGCAACUGUGUGUAGCCCACCUACAUUUUCCUACAAGUAUACUCCAGAGGAGGAAGACUGCUUGGAACAAAUAGAGGAAGACCCCAACACUAACUCCAAACCUGACUAUAUCUCUCCUAAAUCAGAAUUAAAAGAGAUGCACAAAAGUGGACCACACAAAAUACCAGAAGAUCCUCAUCCAAGGCCCCAGUCUUGCACUACACAUGCAUCGCACAGGUCACAAUCUUCCUGUUCUCUGCACUCACUGCUUUCGGAUUGGCACGAAAAGCCAUUGUGUGAUCAUGGAAGAGCAUGGAGCACACACAGUGUCCCUAAUUUUUCUGGAGCACCGUGUGGGAACUUUAUCUCACCCUUUACUUGUCCAGUAGCUUCCCGGUUUCCUUAUGGCUCACUCCAUAGGUCUUGCUCUGGAUGUACGCUGCCUGUAAAUUCCCCACCAUCUACUACUGAAAUGCAGUUACGGAGAGUGCUGCAUGACAUAAGAAGCUCACUACAGAACCUUUCACAGCACUCUGUAAUGCGAGGGAGCGAUGGGUCUGCGAGUGGAUUCAGCAUGCAGCGAUCUUCUGUUCUGCCACUGUAUGAGAAUACCUUCCAGGAGCUUCAGAUAAUGAGGAGAAGUCUUAACCUAUUUAGAACACAAAUGAUGGAUUUGGAACUCAGCAUGUUGCGCCAGCAAACAAUGGUCUACCAGCAUCUUACUGAGGAUGAAAGGUAUGAAGCUGACCAGCUACAGGGCCUGAGAAAUUCUGUACGGAUGGAGCUGCAAGAGCUGGAACUUCAGCUGGACGAACGGCUCUUGGCUCUUGAGGAACAACUGAGGAACUUUCAUGUCUCUUCCCCCUUUCAGCGGCAUUCUGCCAUGGGAAUGUAUCGAGGCAGGAGUACUGACAACCUGGCUUUCUCUUCUCCUCUGAAUGUCAUAGAGCCAGUGACUGAACUUAUUAGAGAGCAGACUCACCUAAAAUCUGAGUUGGGACUUGAGGACUUGAGUAUAGGACAUGGCAGAGACCGCUGCGAUUCCAUGGCCUCUGAUAAUUCCUCUCUCUAUUCAAGUCCACUCCAUAAACAUAAGAAAGGAUUAACAAGCUCGUGUGACUCAAUCGACAAAUCAAAACCUCAUGCUUCCCCAAGCAAAAAUGUGUUUCGGGCAUCUGUUGCUUUGACGCCAAGUCCUCCGGCUAGAGAGGGCGAUAUUCAGAAGCCUGUCAAUGAUGAAUCGCCAGAGAAUUAUGGGAAAUUAAAAGUUGAGCCUACAGAGAAACCCGAGCAGGUUUCGUUUGCAUCCCCAGCUAAUGAGAGUACCAGAUGGUCUCCUGAGGAGAGUAAAGAGCUGCAGCAAGUAAUACGCGAGAUAAAAGAAUCAAUUGUUGGAGAUAUUCGAAGAGAGAUUGUAAGUGGACUCCUUGCUGCAGUGUCUUCUCCAAUUCGCUCCUUGGAUGGCAAAGCUGAUGGGAGAGUUUGAGGUCGAGUCGCCAUGAAUUGGGUCCAUUGGCAAAAAAUCUACAGAAACCCCCCUGAAUGAAACUAGUCGUGGUGCCAAGCACAACAUUCAGGAGAGAAUUAUGCUGCUGACACAACCUACUGUUUGUCUAAAUUAACUUGUGCAUUUGCCUUGAACCCAUGUGUUUAUUUAGACACUUUGCUUGUUCCCAAUAAGUGAACUGUGGAGGUCUAUAAAUUGUAUUUAUUUCAUUGUGCUGUUUUCCCCCUAAACAUUUUUCAUUUUUUUUUUUUUUAAUUUCUUUUUGUUUUGAAAAACUUGAAUUAUUUUUCUUUUUCUAAUAUGUUACCUUCCCACUGCUAAAGGAAAAUGGACAGCGUAGCGGAGCAAUGCGCUGCAAUAGGCAAAACGGUGAACUUUAAAAUCUACCUUAAUCUGUCUAGCUUGGACACUGACCUCCAUGAGGUAUCAACUGUGCAAUAUGUGAUUCACUUUGAGAGCUUACAACAAACUUUUAUUUUCUACUGCUGUGUAGUGCCACAUUAAGCCAACGUUCUGAAUAUUUGCUGUAUUCAAUUCAAGACAGAGCUAUAUAUAUAUGUAUAUUCUAAACCCUCCCCCCUUCCUUUUGUGCUUGUGUGGUGAACCCUGCCUAAACUACUUCAAGUUCUUACACUGAAAGCUGUUUUCCUUCACAAGUAUUUAAAUGAUUUUCCGGUUGCUCAGUUUUUUUUGUUUUUUAAAUGUGCCACAUUUUUUAACACUAUUAUUUUUUAAUGCUGUUUCCCACACGUUUCAAACCAUUUUCAGUGCGAUUGGACGCAUUGUACUACUGAUGACUGGAAGCGAAAUGCGAUUGCAAAGCACAUUUGUCCUCACUAUCCAGUCAUGUGGGUUUUAGUUCCUCUCUGACACUGUGUGAAGCUGAUCUCAGACCAGGCAUGCUGUGGCACAUGGAAUCUUGUUGGGAUUUUGACUGAAAACCUUUGCGCAGGUUUCAUCAUUUAAUGUUCUGCUGAGCUCCGAUUAGAAGAUUUCAUUGAUUCUAAGUGUUCUGUUAAAAGUCUAACAAACAAAAUAUAUAUAUACAGUACACAAGGGCUGAUUUCUAAAUAUAUAAAUAAAGUAUUUAUUUUGCAUAAA